AUGGAGUCAUCUGCUGCCAGGUCGGCACGCAAUUGUACCAUCGGCCCUCCUGGCUCUCUCUGGCCCACGCCCGUCUCUCUCCUUGCUCCUGGGGGUCCCAACCCUGCUCCGGGCCUUCUCGGCGCUGGCUGGGCCCGCAGCUUCUUCUUCGACCUCGUCCGGGCAGCGUCGGAGGCAGCGCCGUUCGCGGGAUCCGCACUAUCACCCUCCGCCUGGCCGGGCUCCCGCUUGUUUGUAGCCACGGCGGCAGCAGGAGUACCGUCACACACAGCGAAAGCCGUUACGACCACCUCCGCCCCUCCUGCAGCCGCUGCCUCCGUCGAUGCCCCCACCGGCCGUGGCGGUGCCGGUUCCUCAGCCUGUGACAGCGCUGCCCCCGAUCCCGAGCCCGGUCAAAAACCCUCUGCAGGUGGCAAGGCAAACGCGGCCGCGGCCAAGGGUGAAGAUGAGCCGCCGCCAGCGGCAACGGUAGCCUCAGCAGCCUCCCAUGCUUCCCCUGCAAUCUCUGCAAACUCCGUCGCCGCCGGCACCAUCUCCAUUGCCCUGAGAGCAGCAGCCCCUACAGGCAUCCCUCCAGUCGCCGCGUCGCCAGCAGCCGCCGUGUCCGCGUCCACCCUUGCCGCUGGCUCGUGGGUCUCUGCUCCUGCGUCAUCCUCAGCCUCCUCGGCAGCAGCAGACUCCGCCGCUGGUUUCUCGGGGUGCCUCUCCCAAUCCCCCUGCCCCGUUCUGCACGUGUAUCAAGCGCGUCUGUGGCUUGAAGAUGCGCCCCCCCCCCCAAUGGCGCUACAGGAGCAGGAGAAGGCCACUGCGGCGGCGAUGCAGAUGCUGCGCAUGCUGCCCUUGAUCGGGCUGGUGCCGGGUUCCCCUAGCUCCGCUUUGGGGCCUGGUCCUGCUUCUCUGAGGCGGCUUGCCCUUGCCGCCCUACAGGCACCACGCGACAUUGUGUCGGCUGCCGCGUCCGUGCUACGCUGGAUGGACGGGCGGCUUUCUUGGAUUCUGGCCGAGUAG